GAUUCACGCGUCUUUCCUGGCUGAGCGCGUGACACACCGGAGCUCACCAUACAUAUCUCCGAAAAACUUUAGAGGGAAAAAAGAAAUCUUAUUUAGGACGAUAAAAUAGAAAUAUAGAUGUAUAUUUUUGAAAGCUAUAUUUUUAAAUAGAGUAUGACAAGAGCUGGUGUUUCUUCAUGGAUCUAAUGGAGCUUUAUCAGCGCGAAAUUGAUGGCUGCUGAAUCUACCUGGAUAUGAUACCCAUCAGCGGUCAUUGCCCCGCCUUCAUCAAAGCCGAGCCUGCGAGCCCCGCCUCCAUGAUGCAGCACAGCCCCGAAGGAUCGUCGUCGGACAGCUACGGCUCCUUAACCCGGAGUCACCGUGGGGGCGUGGCCUCACCAGGUUCAUAUCAUACCUCAGGGGCGGAGCUUAGGUCCGAUUCGGUUCCCGGGCUGCAGGUGAAGAGCGAGUUUGAAGCGAGCUCGGGGCCCAAGCGCAUGUGUUUGGUGUGUGGAGACGUCGCGUCUGGGUUUCAUUAUGGCGUGGCGUCCUGUGAGGCCUGCAAAGCCUUCUUCAAACGUACUAUUCAAGGCAGUAUUGAGUACACAUGUCCGGCGAGCAGUGAGUGUGAGAUUACUAAGAGGAGGAGGAAAUCCUGCCAGGCCUGUCGCUUCACCAAGUGCAUCAAAGUGGGCAUGCUGAGAGAGGGUGUGCGCCUAGACAGAGUUCGAGGAGGUCGUCAGAAAUACAAACGCACCAUAGAAUCCAACAGCAACUCUUACCUCAACAUGCAGUUACCACAAACACACAAGAGAAUACGCACAGAGUCCUACAUCGUUGAGAACAAGGUGGUGUCUCACCUGUUGGGGGCGGAGCCAGAGAAGGUGUAUGCCAUGCCUGACCCCACCCUCCCUGAUGAUGACAUCAAAGCUUUGACCACGCUGUGUGAUCUCGCUGAUCGUGAACUGGUGCUGAACAUUGGCUGGGCCAAAAACCUUCCAGGUUUCUCCAGUCUCUCUCUGCCAGACCAGAUGCGUCUCCUGCAGAGUGCAUGGAUGGAGAUCCUGAUCCUACGUGUGGUCUUCCGUUCGCUGGAUGCUCAGGACAGCCUGGUGUUCGCCGAGGACUACGUGAUGGACGCCGAGCAGGCAAAACGAACCGGUCUGCUCGAGCUCCACACGGCCAUACUGCAGCUCGUCAGGAAGUACAGAGCCAUGGGCCUGGAGAAAGAGGAGUUUGUCACGCUCAAGGCCAUCGCGCUCGCCAACUCCGACUCUUUGCAUAUCGAGGAUGUCGAGGCAGUGCAGAGGCUGCAGGACUGUGUGCACGAAGCUCUUCAGGACUACGAACGGCAUCACCACGGCGAUGACCCGCGGCGGGCGGGCAAACUGAUCAUGACCCUCCCCCUGCUGCGGCAGACCUCGGCUAAGGCCGUGCAGUACUUCUGCAGCAUCAAGCAGGAUGGCCGGGUUCCCAUGCACAAACUCUUCCUGGAGCUGCUGGAGGCCAACACCCAGCCCUCGCCCUGAUUGGACCACGGCUCUGAGGUGACCGCGCCCACUCUGGAGCUCUUUAGACGGGCACAAAAGAUACCGAAUCAUAAAAGAGCUAUGAAGAAUGUAAAGGAAGGUUAACAGUAGAUGUACAAAAGGGGGGAAAGAAGAUUGUAUAAAUGAUGUUGAAACAUGAAACAAUGAUUUAUUGAAGAAACCACGCUUGACACUUGAGACACCAUGUCGCUGUCACGGCUGCGCUAAUUUAAGAUGACUUUCUUUUUUACUGGUGCUUCAAUAUGAUGAGAAGGAGAUGACCGGGAUGUCGGACUUGCCAAAGAAAAUGGAAGAGGGACGCUUUGACGAGCUAACGAAAAACUCAUUGUUCACAAUAAAGUUGUGUUAUUUAUGAGAAUGUAAUAAGUUUCGACAGGAGACGAGCAGGUGUUGCUGCUAAUCGUUGUAUUUGUUGAUAGUUCGUGAUUGUGCUGUUGAAAGUCUUUUUAUUUUUCAAUCUGUGCUGCAAAUUUAAAGCAGCUUGUUGCUGUUGAGCUCAAAUCUCCCUACAGUGUGAAGAAAGGAAGGAAGGAAUUGUAGGAUUCGAGGUUUUCAGUUCAAUGCAAUAACACCAAAAACUUUGUAGCUUUAACACCUCAGAUCACAGUUAAAAAAAUAGAUCUGAGAUCUGAACUCAUGACCUUUGGCCCACCGAGGGUCGUAUUCAGAGUUGAUCUUAAAUCCAUAUGGAUGUGGGGAAAGUUACGUGUUAUCAGACUCGGGUUACUGAUCACAAAUCAUGCAAGUCACCCAUAUAAUACGAGGUUGCCAGAUCUUUCUUUAGUAAUGGAAAAUAUUGUGCCUUUAAACACAAGCCUUCAAAACCAAAAAAAAUCCAGAGUUAGAAAAUGAAGAAUGAAGAAGAAAAUAGAGGUUUUGUCUUUUGCUGUCAAAUGUAAUAUUAAGCAACAAGACUAAUGUUAUGAGAAAAUGGUGAAGGUUGAAAUAAUAUUGAAGUAAUUAAUAAUAUACUGCUGCAUGAAUAUUCCUAGCUGGAAUUAUCACAUUAGUCACAAAAUAGCACUUGAUCCAGUGAAGCCUAUUUAUUUUCCCUGCUUUCUUUCGGUUGUGCUCUGAUGAAGCCAAGACCUCCGACACCCUGAAACUGUAACCUUGUAGUCUGUCAUCUGUUUCAUUCUCCAUGUCAGUGUUUUGUUGAAUCUAUGUAAAGAUAACAUGCGCAUGCUUUGAAGGAUAAGCUGACCAAGCACUACUCUGUCUUCCGGAUAAUCAGUGUCUCUGAUCGAGAUGAUUCUAUGCAGGAAAAAUUAAACAGAACAAACAUUUUCAUGGACAUUAAAGCGGUCAAUACUACGUAAAGAAUCUAAGUUGACUCUGAAUACGACCCGGACAAAGAAACCUCCACUCAUCCAAAGCCAGCAGGGAACCUGAUUACUCGCUACGAUGCUAAAAACUGAGUAGAUCUGAGUAGAAAAAGGAAGACAAAUGACAUACAGUUUCUCUUCAGUGUUUCUUCGUGUCCUCUGAAUGUUUUGUCAAAAGAUACUGAACAAUAAUUAUGAAAAGAUCAUCUUUAUAAAUGCUUUCAAAACAACAUAGUUGUUAAGGGUUAACCAAAAAUAUGAAAAGAAAAUGUGACACAAAUAAGUUCUAACACAAACUAAAUCUUAUUUUGGGACGGAAAUUGUUUCAGAAAUGAUGCCAAAUUUAUCAGUAUUUCUUUUGGAUGUUUCCUGAAAGAAAAGAAGAAUUGUCUUUUGCAGUCUCACUCGAUGCAUUUUUAAAGCAACGGAGAAACGAACGCAAGUCGAAUCUGUCUGGUAAAAAAAUAAAAAAAUGAAUAUAAAUAAAUAAAUAAAUAAAUAAACAAUUAUAAAUAAAUAAAUAAACAGAUAAAUAAAUGCAUAAUUUAAAAAAAUAUUAUUAUUAAUAAAUAACAAAACAAAACAAAGCUGAACAAAGCAUACUUACCAAUAAUUUUAACUUGCUAACUAGCUGAUGUUAGCUGGCAAUAAAGAUCAAAUUAUUCUCACUGCUGUGCUUCUAUAACAUUAACCAUUUUAAUUUUAAGGCAACUUCCACAAGGACAUGUCCUUUGUAGAGCCUACGGAAGAUUUGUAAAGAGCUACCAGAAUGUAUUUCAGUUUUUACUAAGCUGAGCAUUGAUUAGUACUAGAAUAAACAUGGGGCUAGGAGAAAAAAAGUGACCAGAAUGUGCCAUAAAGGUUUGAUGAAAAUACUUUGCAAGAAAAAACAACAUGAACUAUGAAUAAAACUCUUAGCGAUGGAGCUGCUAUGGGAAUUCCUCUAAAAAAAGCAGAAAUGAGAAGGGAGUCAGAGGCGAUUGGAUGUGUGAGAGAGAAUUAAUCGUAAAGCGCAUUAUCUCUGCGCUCUGAAGCUAAUCAUUCUUUAAUCUAUGAAACGCAAACACAUUAUUUAUGCUUGCACACCAUGUCAUGUUCAUCAUGUCGGUAUACAAGGUGGAAAUUACAAACCAGUGAUGACAUUAAACCCUCAAAAGUGUCUGAUACUUCGACUUCUACCACUAAAGCAAUUAGCUAUAAGAUGACAGAGAUGAUACGGUGAUUUUUUCUUGAGUGAGGAUGUAUUUCCCUUUUUAAACCACAAAAAGAAUGUGAAAAAACAACAAAAACAA